GGGAAUUCACUGGGAACACGAUAUGGAUUACAGCCCUAAAUGAAAAUGCUCACGGAUCCAAAUGGGCAAAGGCUGAGAGAGUUUGUGGAGGGUGAAAACAGUUUUCCCGUGAAUCUGCUGUGAAUUGGUAGUGUGUUUUGCGUGCCGGGUGUCGUGAUUUGCAAUACUGAUGAAGCUAAGAGGAGCUGGAGUGGCGUUUUUUUGAAAGGGGAUGGAAAAGCGAAAUGCUUGAGACAGUGGUAAAAAAAAUAUUCUCCUUGGCAAAACACCAGCUUCAGAGUUCUGUGUGUGUCUCACUUUCGGUGCACGUACUGAGCGGCGUGCAAUCGAAACCACAGCGGCGGCAUAUAUAACAAUAAACAACCUCUGUAAAUAUAGCUAUUAACCCCAUGGAUACAGCUCUGAAUCACGAGAGCAGAUAAGCGGCAGGAAUCAGCUGUACUGUCACGGAGAGGACGCGGACCGCAGGGAGUUAAGACGGCGGAAACGGAGGAUCACGGAAGGGCAAAGAGCGCUUGGCGAGAGGUCAGACCAGUCAACAGUCAUGUAAUGGCGACAGAAACCUGCAAAGAAGAUUCUAAUCUCAAGGAAAUCAAACGCUGCAGAUAAGAUCUUAUCACUGCUCCGAUGUGCGGUUUCCGACGGGACCCUUGCGGAGUUCCCUCCCCUGGCCCUGGCGGGUAUAAACGUGCACGGGGCAGGUGAUCUCGCUCCAGUGAGACUCGACCCCCGUUUUGCCAUCAUGACCUGCUGCAGAAGCCUCGUCACCGUCGCCCUUUCCUUCUGCCUCCUGGCCGAGGUCCCGCAGUCCAGCGAAGCAUACCGCCCUGUGAACCAUGCCUGCUGUGUGAAGUACACCCGCAGACCCCUGCCAUUCCGCCUCAUCAAGGGCUACAUGGUGCAAAGCUCGCUGGAGGUCUGUCGUAUGGACGCCAUCAUAUUCGUCACGAUGAGGAACCAGAAGGUUUGUGCCAGUCCUGAACAUGACUGGGUCAAGACUACCAUCUCCUGUCUCAGCGAGAAGGUAGACGUGCUGACUAACAGUGGAGCACCCGAAGACCCAUCAUACAGAGAAUGCUGGGCUCUCAAAAUGAUCAACGGGAGCGCUACCAAACCUUAACAAACAGAUAAACAGCAUCAGUAAGCUUCUUAAGCUGAUUUAAAAUCAUUAAUACGUCAUUACUCUGUUUUUAAAUAAACACGCUUCGUACUUCCUCUUAAUGAAUACAUAUAAAAUAGAGAUUCAUAUUCUUUCUGCUUGUUUCUGUUAUGAUGUAUACUAUAAUACAUAUAUGUUAGCUUUCAGUUAAAAUACCUUCUGUAUGCUUGCAUAUUAAUGGGCUGUAUAUCAAAAGAUUGAAAUAAAUACAUUAAUCAAAGCA